UGGCCACAAAGCUCCCUUUCUUUUCACUCUCUUCGCUUGCUUUUAAUUGAGCUCAAUCAGCAGAAGAAGAAAAAAAAAUACAAUGUACGGUUAGAGAACCAAGCCAUGCUCAGGCUGCAGGUGACUGCUCACGCGAUUACCUGCAGAAGAAUUGCAAGAGCUGGAGAGCCACAUCAUGGGUUUGUCCUCGAUGUCAAGAGUUUGAGGAUUCCCUCGUUGCCUUUGAGAUUGAGGAGUUUCGGAAACGUUAAGGCCUUGAAAGAUGAAGCUAAUGGAGGAAUGGGAGGAUUUGCAGGUCAGAGUUGGGAUCCUGGGUCCGAGAUUGAAGUUCCUUUUGAGCAGAGACCAGUAAACGAGUACUCAGCUUUGAAAGACAGCAGCCUUUACUCAUGGGGCGAACUGAGUCCACAAUCCUUUUUCUUGCGUCUUGGUGGGUUGUGGCUGGUAACAUUUACAGUUCUGGGUGCACCAAUUUCAGCUGCAAGCUUCAACCCUUCCAGGGACCCUGUGAGAUUUGUUCUAGCAGCUGGAAUUGGAACCCUCUUCCUCGUGUCUCUUAUCGUCCUGCGCAUAUAUCUGGGAUGGAGUUACGUUGGUGAUAGACUAUUAUCAGCAGUGAUCCCUUACGAGGAAAGUGGAUGGUAUGAUGGACAAAUGUGGGUAAAACCACCAGAGGUCUUGGCUCGUGACAGGCUUUUGGGGUCAUAUAAGGUAAAGCCAGUGAUCAAGUUGUUGAAACAGACACUAGUUGGGACAGGAGCGAUACUUGUUACCGCGGUAUCGUUAUUCAUAUUUGCUUCUCCGGUAGAAGAUUUCUUUCAGUCAAUGUUAACACCAAAUGGAGAAGAGAUAUCAGCUUCAAAAGUAAAAUCUAAUAUGAGAAAGGAAGAGCUGCUGAGUUUACCUGCUGAGGUAAGAAAAGAUGAUGACCUAGCAGCAGCAGCAGCUGAAGCAGCGGACGGAAGGCCAGUUUACUGCAGGGAUCGUUUCUACCGUGCAUUAGCAGGUGGACAAUAUUGCAAAUGGGAUGAUUUGCUUAAUUAACCAGAAGAAUAGCAAUAGCAUGAUAUAAUCUAAGUAAGAUUACAAAAAAGUUUUUGAAUUACAUGUACUUGGCAAACUCUCCACGAAAGCCAUGUUGUAAUAUCGGAUUAAUUAAAUAGGAGUUAUUGUUGUUUGAUUAUAUUUAAAGGGAAUAUAUUUAUGAGACAAAACACAGAUCUCUAAAUUUCAUGUUC